CAUACGAGCUCUCCCAAGCCAGAGAAUAUAAAUAAGCGGGUCUUAAGAGCAGGUUUCACAUUUGAGGCAAAACAGUGCUAGUGCACGUGCGAGGCUAAUCACAACGCAAUCUAAUUAAUAACAAAGACAAUCUCUCUCAACGAUGUCUCAGCAACCUGUUGCCUUUCUGACGCGACGAGAAACGUUCAGCGCCUGCCAUCGUUUGCAUAGUCCCCAGCUAAGCGAUGCGGAAAAUUUGGAGGUCUUUGGAAAAUGCAAUAAUUUCCAUGGUCAUGGACACAAUUAUACAGUUGAACUAACUGUGCGAGGACCCAUAGAUCAACGCACUGGCAUGGUGGUAAACAUAACGGAGCUGAAGGAUGCCAUUGAGACGGUUAUAAUGAAGCGCUUGGAUCAUAAAAAUCUAGACAAGGAUGUUGAAUAUUUUGCCAAAAUUCCCAGCACUACAGAGAAUCUGGCUGUCUACAUUUGGGACAAUAUACGCACACAACUUAAGAAGCCAGAGCUGCUCUACGAGGUGAAAAUAUUUGAGACUCCAAAGAAUAUUAUUACCUAUCGUGGACCGUAUCAACUGAAUGGACUUUAUAACAAUAUCAACAAACGCGUUGCUCACGACUCAUGCACCAAUAUAUCAUCCGACUCGGAUUAGUUGCUUGAUAACUUAAAAUAAAUUUUGGACCAAUGCUCAGUUAUGACAAAA